AUGGCUCAACAAAAUCCAAGGCCAGGCAUUGGGGAGACCUUCCGAGUUUACUUCAAUGACUGGCUAAGUCGCAAACAAAUCCUCCUUGACCAAUUGCUCCUUGCCAUUGAAUCACAAAAUUCACACAAAAUUGACCAACACAAAAACUUAAUUGACCUAGUAUUGGCUCACUCCAGAGACUACUUUGAAGAGAAAUCGAAAGCUGCAAAUGAAGAUGUCUUUCUCUUCUUAUCCCCUGAAUGGUUCACAUCGUUUGAAAGAACAUUACUUUGGCUAGGCGAAUUCAAACCUUCAGCCAUUUUCAGGUUAGUUAACAGCUCUGUUAAGAACUUGACGGAAGAACAGAGUGCAAGCAUAGAGAUAGUUAAGUUUCAGACGAGGAGGCAAGAGAGAGAAUUGUCGGAAACACUGGCGAGGGUUCAAGAGAAUUUUGAAUUUGGGGAGAAGGGUUGGGAGGUUGGUUGA